CACGCGCGCGUUUCGUCGCCGCGCGCGCGCACGGAGACCGCCGCGCGCCCACCGCGCUCGACGCCGUCCGCCGCGAGGUCGCCCGAGCUCGCGCGUCUCGUGAACCCGCGGACGGAUCUGGGAGACCGCGGGUGCCGGUAAUUCGUUCACUCAUCAUUCGCUCCUCGCGCCGUCGCCUCGCGUCCACCUCGCCCACUUCGACAUGAAGCGCCUGUUCGGAAAGAAGAAAGAGGUCGCGCCGCCGCCGACGCUGGACGACGCGACCGGGUCGCUCGAGAAGCGCGGCGACGGCGUCGACGCGAAGAUCAAGAAGCUCGACCUCGAGCUCGCGCGACACCGCGAGAUCAUCAAAAAGGCGCGCCCGGGCCCGGCGCGGGACGCGGCGAAGCGCCGCGCGCUGCAAGUCCUGAAGCAAAAGCGCCUGUACGAGAACCAGAGAGAGCAGCUCUACAACCAGCAGUUCAACCUCGAGCAGGUGGGCUUCGCGACGCAGACGGCGAAGGAGACGGUCGUGCAAGUCGAGGCGAUGCGCGCCGCGAACAAAGAGCUGAAGACGGCGUUCAAGUCGAAAGCGUUCGACGUCGACGCGAUCGACGACUUAAACCUCGAGAUGGCGGACCUGAUGGACCAGUCCAACGAGAUCAGCGAGAUGAUGGGAAGGAACUACAACGUCCCGGACGACAUCGACGAGGAGGAGCUCAUGGACGAGCUGGACGCGCUCGAGGACUUGAUGCUCGAGGAGGAAGCCGUCGGCGCGGGGGAGGUGCCCAGCUACCUCAGGGAGGACGACCAGGCGCUACCGGACGCGCCGGAGGGGCACGCGGAGGCGCUGGCCGCGAUCGGGGGCGAGGGGGGAGCGGACGGGUCGCCGCUGCCGACGCGGGCGGAGACGGAGACCGCGAGUUAGGCGGGCGCGAGCGAGCGAAUCGUUUGCGAACGAACCGUUCUGUUGUACUGUACCUUCGUACUUUCGAGUAGUCGAGCGCG